AAAACCAACCAACCACGAACACCAUCAAGAUGGCCAACAACCAACCAUCAGCAACACCCAAUGACUGUCUCCAACUCUUCUCAUCAGCAAUCUCAGCACAGCCGGGCUCGAUCAGCCAACGCUCAACCCUCAACAGACUCAAAGACCUACUCGAGCUCAACCCAGCAUUCCUACCAAUACUAUAUCCAUCACUCCUCUCACUCAUCGCAACCAACUCGAACCAACAACUAUACUAUCGAACCUGGAUCUCAUCUAUCAUCCAACUGGCCAUCUCCAAAUCAAGCCUCACAGCCGAUCAAAGACUACAGAUGGUACUCCAAUCAACUGAAACCAUCCACCGGCUAAUCACCCUGCAAGACCCUUCCGACCAUCAACUACUCCAAACUAAGAAACUAGCCAUCCAAGCAUUCUCAUCAGCAUACCCGAUCCUAUUCAAGCACACCUGUACCAAAUCUACCACAACCAAUGACUCAAAACAAUGGGGUCUAUCCAAUCAGAUCAAAGGCACCAUCCUCAACCUAUGGAGGAACGAGAAUAGCUCAUUAGGCAUCAGACUCGCCGCUAACAAGUUCGUACAACGGGUCAUCCAAGUCGGCACACGCGGUCUACUCGACCCGCGCAAACGGAACGAAGACCCUAGUAUCGUCAUGUGCGGAAGUAGUAGCAGCGCUCAGCAGCAUCCAUACUUGAAACCUAAAGAGCUGGAACAGGAAGCCAAUAACUUACUCGAGGAAUCUACCCGGAUCAUGUUUCAAUCAAAGAUACCUGAACUCGUGGCGGCCAUCGUGAUCUCAUUGGGCUCACUGGUUCGACUUCGACCUAGUCUAUCACCUAUCAUCAUGGCCGCAUUAGCAUCCUACAAUCCAUCCACCUCACCCCUCGUCUCUCGAACUAUUAGCGUAUUACAAUUAAAAGGAAUCGAAAAGACCUUGCGGAUCACCCUCUCCCAUCUCGAUCGCACCUCAUCCGCCUCACCUUAUACUCAACAGAUCAGGGAAGCACUGGUCAAUCAAACUAAACGACUUGAGGAGUUGAACGAGAAAGAACGCGAAAGGAAACGUCAGAGGAAGGAAGAUGAAAUGGGUGCUAAGAAACGUGCUCGGGUCGAUCAUCGUCCUGAAGUUCAAGAAAUCAUCCCUCCUCCUGCUCAGAUGAUACAUCCAACAAUGAUAUCAACCAACCAACUACCCGGCUUUGAUGUGACCAGCUUACCGGUCGAACUUGUGGCUGAGCUAGUGAUUGCAAACUUGCAAGUCUUGAGCGAUCAAGCACUGAAUAAUGCCAUCAAUAUGUAUCUCUCUAGCAUGUCUGGAGAACGAACCAAUGUGCUCAACGAAUCCCAACCUCUUGCCCAUACUCUAUCGAAUCACGCCCAACCGCUACAUCCAACGGAUAUGGCACAACCCCUCGAUCACCCUAAUUUCGUUACACCCGGCUCACCCGUUCGACCGAAGAUGGAAAUUGACUCACCCUCAAAAAUGGAUAUGGAAACCUCCAUACAACAAUUGAAUGAAUCAUCAAGCUUGAACAAGUCAGAAGAAACUCUAGAGGAUGAUGUAGGCAUCGACGAAGAGGAAUUGGUUUUACAGCCGAAUCCGGAUCUCGAAGAAGGUGAGACAGAGGGCGGUAACAGGUUGAUCUUUCCAGACGCUUGGCAAACCGAUUCACCCACCGAACUUAGCGAACUCAGUCGGAGGUUAAUGAUCAGAAUGACUCUGGAUCGGAUCGUCUCUAAUGGGCUGACAGCUGAGGGAUCGAAAGUUCAAAGUGGUGUCUGGAGCAUGCUAUUAUCAAGAUUGGUUACCAGAGGUAUGAACGACAGUGGGGGUGGUACUGUCGAUGAAAUCGAAAUGCGAAAGGAGGACAUAAGGCAAUCUUUAUUUCAGUUUGUCAUUGCUGAUUUCUCAAAUCGGAUGCAAUUCGCCAGAGCAUGGUUGAUGGAAGAGUGGUUGGCUAAGCCAACUGACCCUAAUCAAUUUGGCCAACCCACUGACUUAAUCAAUUCGACCCCCUACGAACGGUGGCUAACAAUGACCUUGGAUUACAUCGUCAACAACAUCCCCCCCUUGAACCCGGCCCAAUCCGAUUCUACAAGACCUGUGCUCUCAGGGUUCUUACUGGAUCUCCCAUAUUUGUCGGAGAGGGAGCUAGUACGAUUGCAGCAGAUGUGUCAAGAUCCCAAUAAACUGACUGUGGGGUUCACAACAUUAAGAGAUCUGACGACCAUGCGACCCACGCUCCGAAAUCGGACUCUGGACGUCUUGCUUGGUCUAUCUACACAUUCCCGUAGACAAACAAGGACGGCCGCGAUCAUGUCUGUCAAGAGUUGGGUUUCAUCAAAUAAUCAGAUGAAUCAUCUGGGCGAGCGAGUCGUUAGCUUUGCAGUGCAACUCUUACAAAAGUUGGAGAAAGGCGAGGAUGAUGUGGAUGCCGAAGAGAAUGCAAACAAAAACUUGGCAGCUCAGGGUGAGCUCAGAGCCAUCAAGAACGAAGUCCAUGGUCGGCAGACGGAAGCCGAGAUGGAGGACGGCGAGACAACUGAAUUGGAAGCCGCCCUAGAAUCAACUCCAGAACCUCCGAUCUCGUUUGCUACAGUUCAAAACGCUGUGAUCCUCUCUGGCCUCAGUAAAAUCAAGACUGAAGAUGUCGUCGUCCAACAUCUGGAACUACUACUUGCACUUUCCGCAAAGAAUCCCGACUUACUUGAUCAUUUAUUCCGAUCAUAUCCACUAAUGCCUAGCCAAGUUCAAGAAUCUGUCAACGAGCUGAUCACACCACUUGUGCGAACUUUGGGAGGUAAACACCCCAAGAUUAUCUCGCUAAUCCAAAACUGUCAAACCGGAUCAGAGUCGCUAGUCUUGAAGAUCCUUUCGAUCCUGACUGAGAAGGGAAAGCCACCGGCAGGGAUCAUCGAAGCCAUCAAGAACCUCGCCUCGAAGUCCAGCGAUCUAUCGCCUAAGUUCAUCAUCCCGAUGAUCGGCGAACUGACGAAGAGCGAGAUUAUCCACCAUUUGCCGCGGAUCCUGACCCUGUUGAACGGCAAGCCGGACGAGAAGAAUCUCGUCCGAUCGGUCUUCGACCUGAUCAUCCAACAACCCCCGACCAACUUCGGCUCCGUCUCGACCAACGCCCCAAGGGUCAAACAGUCCGAACUCUUGACACCCGUCGAGCUCUUGGUACUCAUUCAUAGGACCGAGGAUGCACAGUAUUCUAUCAAACAGGCUAUCGAAGCUAUCGGCCUCUGUUUCUCAAUGACUGAGGUCUUCAAACCCGAGGUCCUCGCCGCUUUCAUGCAACAAGUUGUUGACGAAUUGACGCUUCCCACGCUCUUCUUGAGAACGGUAAUCCAAGCCGUUCAAACCUAUAAAUCCUUGCAAGCCUUCGUCUCAACGACUCUUUUAUCACGGUUGAUUUUGAAGAAGAUCUGGACUCAGCCCCAGUUAUGGGAAGGCUUCAUGAGAUGUGCCAAAAUCAUCUCCCCUCACAGUUUCGGGGCGAUCCUUCAGUUACCGAGAGAUCAGUUGAAGGAAUUGGUCGGUAAACAGGCUGGUCUUAAGGCCCCCCUUAGAGACUAUGUCAAUAAAAAGGCAGGAAACAACAAAGGUCGAGUGACGAGUCUCUUAGAGAUCUUGAGCGACACCAAUCCGAAUUCGCCCAAACAGCAAUUACCACCCCCACCACCGAUAGCAGAAAUGAACCAAUCGAUGCUAAUGGGAGUGACAAGUGUGGUAACGGCACCGGGAUCGACGCCGUUCCCAUCGAGUUCAACAUCGAGCGCGAGUUUACCGCCGGGCAUGACCGACGGCACACCGGUGUCGCUCCUCCCUGCCGGGGACCCUGGUCUCCCAGACUCCAUCCCUAUCUUGCCUCCCCCCCUGUCUGAUAACCGGCAGUUAGCCCCUGCUAAUCUCCCUCAAACUGUUGACCACGACAGACUCAUGAUCGUACCAGCCGAGCCAUCCUUGACCGUCGAUGCAGCCGAUGCUCGUCUCGAUCCGCAUCUACAAAGCUCAACUACUAGUAAUCAUUCUCAGAAUAACAAGAGUAGUCAUGGUAAUAAUAACAAUAAUGAUAACGAGAAUCAUGGUAAUGGUAAUAAUGGGGGUAAUAGUACCGACCCUACUUUGUUGAUUCCUGCUGCUGUUGGAUAAUCUUUUCUUACUUAGUGUUAUUACUCAUUCUUCUUCUUUGCUCAAAAAACAAAAUGAAACAGUGAAAAAUAGUUAAAAACUUGGUUAAUUAUUCAACAAAAAAGAAACACAGAUAUCAUAAUAUACAUUUACUAAAACAUUCCAGAAAGAAAC